AUGGGUUCUACACUAUCGGGAACUGACAGCCUAGCCUGUCCCUUCGUCAUCCCAUCCCCCGACAAGCCCCUCAGCGACAUCCUUCCCCGGUGGACCGAGUCGAACCUAUCUCAUCCAGCCAUUCUCUUUACUCCAAAGAAUGAGGACCACAUCGUCGCCGCCAUCCGCGUCGCCAAGCAGAAUGGCCUGAACGUGGUGCCUGCCGGUGGUCGCCACGGCGCCUUCGUUGCCAUUGACUCCAAGACUGCGUUGGUGGAGUUGAGGGAGUUCAAGGCCAUCGACUUGGACAAGGCCAACGGCACCGUCCGCGUGGGAGCGGGUGUUCUUACCGGGGAGCUGCUCAAGCUUCUCAUUGAGGAGGGCUACUACACGACGCUCCCCAACUCCAAUGCCGUGAGUAUCAUCGGCGGUAUUCUUGGAGGCGGCAACACGGCGCAAAACGGCCUGCACGGCUUCAUGGUCGACAAUGUUGUCUCAUUUCGAGUCAUUACGGCGGGUGGACAGACCGUCGAGGUUUCGGCCUCAUCCUCCGGCGAUGAGCUUGCGUUGUUCAACGCCUUGUGCGGCGUGGGCCAUGGGCUCGGCGUCGUCACUGCUGCCACGAUGAAAGUCUACCCCGUCUCCUCACUGCGCCUCACAGACAACAAAGUAUGGUCGCGACUCUUGAUGUUCCCUCCCCCCGCUCUCGACGCUGCCGUGGACGCAUUCUUGUCUUUCGAUCAAGUCGCCGGCCCACUCACGCUCACAAUUAUGUUCGUGCGCAGUCCGCCUGGCACCCCAGCCGCGGGCUCGCCAAUUAUCCUCAUCGCGGCGACAUACUACGGCCCUGCAGAGGAAGCUGAAAAAGCUGCUGCUAAGCUCUUUGACGAAGCAGUUGUGAGCAAGGCCUUCAAGGCAGACACGAUCAUGGUGCCGCUUCCUGGAAUUAACAACGGCAUGGAGCCCAACAACGCGCUCGGUGGCUUCAAGGCUAUGAAUUCGGCGCGCCUCAAGCAAUUGACGCCCGAGGCCAUCAAACAGAGCUUCGCCAAGUGGGUGGAGGUCACCACCGAUGCCCCCGACGCUGCCCGCACGGCAGUCUUGUUCAUCAAGUUCAGCCCAGACAAGAUGAUUGCGAAUGGAAACCUGCCGGAGCACAAGGGCAAGUACUUCGAGGGACGCGAUCGAGGCGCGACGGCCAUAGCACUGCCGUGGUGCGCUACGCCCGCAUCGAAGGACAAGCUGGACACCUUCGUGGACGAGUUCCUCGAUCGCGUGCGCAAGGUAGACACUGCUCCGCCGAGGACGUUUGCCAACACUAUGAGGUUCGGCGCGACCUUGGAUGAGCUGGUGUCGAAAGAAAGAGUGGCAGAGGUCAAGAAGAUCAAGGCCUCUUGGGACCCAGAGGAGGUGUUCUGGAACCCGUACUCGCAGCGCGCAAAGAGUUCUCUGUAG